UCGCAAUUCACUAGAAUUAAUGUAGUGACCACAGAAAGACGCGUUGGUUAUUAUAGUUUGCUCGAAACGUUCGUAAUACAUGUUUCGAAUAUGUGUCGAAUGUUUCUGUUUGUUGUGAUCCAAUUAUUUGUGAGUUUAUAUGCUCAGCGUGAUAAAAAAUUCUUCCGUAAGGACUACAAAUAUAUAGAGGAAACCGAUAGUUUCUACAAAAUACACACAAUUCAUAAAACAUGGCAAGAUGCGAAGGCUGCAUGUGAAAUGGAGGGUGCUACAUUUUUCUAUCCAGAAGACGAAACAGAAGUUAAUGCUGUGAUUGAUUUUUUAAACAAAACCCAACCGUUUCAUUGGGUUUAUGUAGGCAUUUCGGACCUUCUGGUAAAGGGUGUCUUUGAGACGGUCGAUAGUAUUCCUAUAGCUGAUGUGUAUAAUAAAUGGGAUGCCGGCGAGCCCAACGAUUUGGGCGGUAACGAAGACUGCGUUAAUUUGAGAAUCAAUGGUUUUUUGAACGACGACAAGUGCGACAAGAAACACCCUUUCAUUUGUAAGAAAAAACGCAGCAUGUUGGAGUGGAACCAGUUUUGCUAUAUUCCUAAUAUGGACUAUAGUUACAACGAAAACUUAGGCAAAUGUUACAAGUUCCAUUUGAAACCACGCACAUGGGCAGACGCAUAUGUAAUAUGCAAUGCAGAGCAAUCAUAUUUAGCAGUCAUAGACAGUCCCGCUGAAGCUGAUUAUCUGAAAGAGUUGACUGAUAAAACGUCUAAGGAUAAUAUCAGAGGAGACUAUUUAAGAGGAGCUGUGUUAUUGGGCUUUCACAAUAGAACCGGUGAUGGAUGGAAGACUAUUAAGGGAUCUCCUUUAGAAGACAGCGGUUACAGCAAAUGGGGAAACCAACAACCUGAUGGAGGCGUCAACGAGAAAUGUGGUUCGAUGUUUUACAACGGGCGAUUGAACGACAUCAACUGCUCUACUAAAGCGUUCUUUAUAUGUGAACAUGACGUAGAUAUAUUAGGUUCCAUAUUUGACGAGAGGAACGCAAAUUAAACUGUGAUUAAUUAUAGUAAUAAAAACAGAGAGGCAUAUAUUUUGAGAAGAUUUUAUUACUUACGAUAACAACUCUACGGUAGCAUGUGUAAAUUUAAAUCAUGCUAAAUCAAAAUUAUACCUACGA